AUGCCUGCUAAACGCAAGGCUAAAGCUUCUUUGAAAGCUUCUGCUACAAAACCAAAAGCUCAGGCCAGGCUGAAUGCCAAAGCAGCUGCUGAAGAAGCAGCAGUCCAGCGAAAAGCUGCUGAACAAGCAGCAAUUGCCGAAGAGAAGAGAGCUGAACGAGUAGCAAUUGCUGAGGAGAGAAGAGCUCGAGACGAGGAACUAGCAGCGGCUCGAGAGGCUAGAAGAGCUGCUUCUAGGCGCGCUUCUGAGCAGAGAACUGCAGAGCGAGCUGCUGAUCAAGCUGCUGCCAAAGCUGCCAAAGCUGCUAUCACAAAAGCACAAACGCCUGCCAGCCCUAUCGUAAUAGAGAGCAAGGAUGAGAGCGAUAAUGCUGAGCAAGCUGAGAACCUCGAGGCUAUCGAGAUUGCUACUCCAGCAGAGGUCCGCAUCGACUGGCAUUAUCCUCCUUAUCAGCGCGCACAGUUUCGAGGAAUCGCAUCUCCAGAAGUGCUUACAAAGAGGUUUGCUAGGAUCGUCGUGAGCAGAGGAAAUACUAUCCAUCGAGGCGAGAAGAUUCAUUGCAACGAGCUUAUCAUCACAUAUAUCUUCAACCUCAAGAUCAGCAGCAGCAGAUAUAUCCCUCAUGCUCUAUCCAGAGAACUCCCUCCAGCUGCAGCUAGCCAGCUAGCAGCAGAUACUCAAGUCGCCAUCGAAGCAAAAGCUAGCGAGUUCAACGAUCUCUUCACGCCUGCAAGCACAACAGCACAAGCGCUUCAGACGCCAGGAACAGCUCGCUCGCGCUCAAAAGCCUCGAAUAUGCACAAGCAGAUCAAUGCUGAGAUCGCCAGCCAGAGAAACCUUCACAAGCAGCUCAAUAUUCAUUAG